UAAGUCUGUCGUCUGGGACAUAUUCACUGGUGCCACUGGUUUGAGUCCUAGUCCCAAAAAGUCAAUGAAGUUGGAUUAUUUUUCUUGCGUUGAAGACAAAGAAAGAGAAAAGCCUGUUUAAUAAACCAUGUUCCUCGGAAUAAUUUGGAUAUUUUGCUUGUAAUGUUCUGGGGAAACUUUUAUUGGACGAUGUUUUCGCUGCUUUUGGGAGGUUUUCCAUGUAUGAAGUAUUAUGGGUUUUUUUUUAUUCUCAUAGGCCAUCUCUUAUCUUAUCUUAUCCCUUAUUUCACUGCCUCUAAUAUUUAUACCGUGGCUGGUAAUUAACAUAAUCUUGCAUUCCUGUUAAUUUCCACAAAAUGAAGGACAACACGGACUCCGGAUUGCCACCCAAACGCAGAUUUUUGGCAGUUUAUGAAUGCAGCUGUAAUCACCCAGGGGAGCCUCAAGUACUUAAAUGGGUCCAUCAUGAGAACGAGACAAUCAAGCUCCUUUAUGCCUCAAGAUCAGCUGCAGUUUCUGCACAUUGUCUCUUAUGAAUAGACCUAUCUCCAAUUGAGCCUCUUCACUUUGGAGAUAUUUCGAUUUUCGAUUAUACAGCUAUUGAAAUUAGGAUGCGCCGCCUUUUUUCUCUCUCUUAGCUUGGUGGCUCGCUUGCGUUUUAUUUUUUUUAUUUUUUUAUUUUUUUGAUUGCCAGAUGAAAUUGACACUCCGGUUGCCACUUGUGAAGCGAAGCAUUUCAAUUCGCCGCUAAUUGCAGAUAUAGUGCCAUGCUUUCUUUUCACUGCAUGUGAUUGCAUGGGCAUACAGCCUACCAUUGCGCACGAGAAGAAUGAUCGAUCAGAUAUAGUUUUUUUUUCUUCUAAUUGCAUCAAAAUGUCUUUUGUUGCCAGGGUUUAAAUGCAGGAGAAACUGUUAUUCGUUGUUUUGGACCGGAUAUAGUGUGGGCUGGGGCAGAGAUGCGUAAUGCGCAGCAAGCUCCAUCUUCUCUCCAAAUAGGCACCGUUCAAGAUCCGAAAAUGUCUAAGUCGGAGGUGAAGAAGGAGUCCGGUGGGUCCAGUCCGUCGGAGGCCGCCUGUCUCUGCUCUCCUCCGGCGGCCAAGAACCAGUGCGCCAGCUGCGGUAUGGAGAUUCAUGACCGAUACCUACUGAAGGUCAACAACCUGAAUUGGCAUUUGGGAUGUUUGGAGUGCUCAGUGUGCAGAGCGUCUCUGCGCCAACACAACAGCUGCUACGUUAAAAACAAAGAAAUCUACUGCAAACUGGAUUAUUUCAGUAGGUUCGGCACUAAGUGCGCCCAGUGUGGCCGGCAGGUGUACGCCAGUGACUGGGUGCGGCGGGCUCGGGGGAGCGUUUACCACCUGGCCUGUUUUGCCUGUUUCUCCUGUAAGAGGCAGCUGUCGACUGGGGAGGAGUUCGGCCUGGUGGAGGGGAGGGUACUCUGCCGCAGCCACUAUGACAUCAUGCUGGAGAACCUUCGCAGGGCUGCUGAAAACGGUACAGGACUGACUCUGGAAGGAGCGCUCCCCUCUGAUCAGGAUGGCCAACCAAAACCAGCCAAGAGGGCGCGGACAUCGUUCACUGCUGAGCAACUGCAGGUGAUGCAGUCUCAGUUCGCACAGGACAACAACCCUGAUGCUCAGACUCUUCAGAAACUGGCCGAAAUGACGGGACUGAGCAGGCGAGUCAUUCAGGUUUGGUUUCAAAACUGCCGUGCGCGACACAAAAAGCAGCCGCCUCAGAGCAGCUUCUCUCAGAGCGCUCCGCUGUCCAGGAUGCCUCCAUCGCUGCCAGACGAUAUCCACUAUUCACCGUUCAGCAGCCCGGACCGACCCCAUCUACUGGCCCUGCACGGAUACCUGGACACACACCCUUUCUCUGUCCUCGCUGCCCCGGGCCACUUGACCCAUCCAUCCAUCUCUUUACCAACGCUUCCCAUCAGCCGCUGACCUCCUGCGUCUACUUUUGUAGCGUCACCACUCUGAUGUUGUGAAAAAAAAUCCUUUGGGACGUACUUUCAGUAAUCUGCUCAGUUUGGGACUCUAAUCUCCAGGCAGCAGGGACCUCGCUGUUUUCAAUCGUCAGUCGGAUUCUUCGCUGUGAGACUGCUGAGCUAAACUUGUCUUUUAAAGACAGCGGACUGUGGCAGUUGGAGAAAUGUCCCGCCUCCACGCCAACAUGGAGUUUUUUUUUAUUUUGUUUUUUAUGAUGCAGUGAAGAAGACCACUUUUGUUUUAUUUUUUCCUCUUUUUGAUGGGACACAAGAGAUUGCAUCAGGUCAGGAUUUUUUUCCUUUUGUUGACCCACUCAUACAAGGUAUUUUAAUUAUAAUGCUGUAAUAUGAGCUCUCAAAAAAAGAAGAAAAAGGGAGUGUUGUAGCAGCAUUACAGUAAAACCUCAGCAUUUUUUGUAUUCGUGAUGAGCACAUUUGUAGCUUUACUGUUGUUUGUUGUUGUGUUGUUGUCAGAAAAUGGAAACUCUUAUUUAUUCAGAACAAAACUUCACUUUUAAAAAGCACUUUUAAAUGUGUCUUGAAAUUGAAUAAUUCAGUGAUUGUACUGCUACAGUUUAAUAAAAAUGUAUCAGAGCUGUUA